CGUGCCGCCACCGUCUGGAUCUCGUCGAUCAAAACGGAACCUCGUGAUGUGAUGCCCAAGUGUGUUAAGUGGCUCGCAUCACGAGGCGAGAGACGUCAGCAUCUCCCCGCAGCAGCUGUCAACCAGCAACAUGGCGACCCGAGUCCUUCACAGACUGAGCGCCGGCGUCAGACUCGGCCCGACGGGGCUGAAUGCAAGCGGGCAGGCCCACCUUAUCGCAAGGAGCAUAUCGGGCCCUCAGGACAGCUGGUUCAAAUCCUUGUUCGUCAGGAAAGUGGACCCGAGGAAGGACGCUCACUCCCACCUGCUGGCCAAGAAGGAGAUCAACAAUCUGUACAAGAUUCAAUUUCACAACGUCAAGCCAGAGUGCCUGGAUGACUACAACGAACUCUGUGAGAAGGUUUUGCCUUCCAUUCACGCCGACCCGGAAUAUCCCUGUGAGCUGGUGGGAACCUGGAACACCUGGUAUGGAGAGCAGGACCAGGCAGUUCACCUGUGGAGGUACCGGGGAGGUUACCCCGCCCUCACUGAGGUCAUGAAUAAACUGCGGCAGAACAAGGACUUCAUGGAAUACAGACAAGAGAGGGGCAAGAUGCUGCUGUCCCGCCGGAACCAGCUGCUUCUGGAGUUCAGCUUCUGGGACGAGCCCGCGCCCCGAGCCGGCCCCAACAUAUACGAGCUGCGAUCCUACCAGCUGAGGCCUGGGACCAUGAUCGAGUGGGGCAACUACUGGGCUCGGGCCAUCGAGAUCCGCCAGCACAACCAGGAGGCGGUGGGAGGCUUCUUCUCUCAGAUCGGGAGUCUGUACACGGUUCACCACCUGUGGGCCUACAAGGACCUGCAGUCCAGAGAGAACAUCCGGAACGCAGCCUGGCAGCGCGAAGGCUGGGACGAGGUGGUUUACUACACAGUUCCUCUGAUUCAGCACAUGGAAUCCAGGAUAAUGAUUCCCAUGAAGAACUCUCCGUUAAAGUAGCUGGGAGGAGGAGCUGCGGCCGACUGACCCGAGGGCCCAGCCGCGGAUCAGCACAUCCUCUCCGAUUUCUCCGUCUUACGUCUCUGUCUGAUUCUGGGAAAGGUCACGAUGAUUGACAGGCCUGUGUUUGCUACUCCAGUUACUGUCUGGCGCUGGGCUCCUGGUCCGAUCUCAGCGGCCCAGUCCUUCAUGGUUCUGUUCUGGUACUGAUUAUUAAUCCGUCAUAAAGGCAGUAGUUUUCUACGCGUCGAACCGGAUGCUCAGUUGAACUGCUACAGGUGGGGACCAGCGUCGACGGACGCUCGCCGCCAACACGUCCAUGCUCUCACAUCAAAGGUAAACUCCAGCGAGCUUCCGUGCGUCGGUCCCACUCCACUCACGGUUACUCUUCUGUAAUCAACUGAUGCUUCCUGGCUUUGACCCAAACAAGCAGUUACUGAGAAUACUGGGUUUUCAAUGUUACUGAGGUCGUGCUUUACAGUUGGGUGUUGGAACGCUGUAGGGGUGCUGUUAGUCCAGUGCGAUAUCAAUGUGAGAUUCAGUGCUUUAUUAAUGAUAGUUUGUGUAAAUAUAGAAUUCAAUUUUCAAUAAAAACUGGA